GUGGCUUGUGUCAGCUGCCGCCGACGCCAUUCCAGACAUCCGAGAGCACCGAGCCCUCUCACCGAGCACGCUGAGCUACCGUGCCGGCAAAGCGCUUGACCACCGUGACCUUUUAAGGCCGGCAUCUUAGCACAGACCGGCCUGAAGAGUGGCGCGCAACACUGUGGGAGGGUCGCAGCCGCCAGAUGGAGCCGAGGUGCAGCGCCUGUCCGGACUGACCCACACGACUGGCUGCCGAGGACGCGGCAUGAAGUCUGGCUCUACUGCGGUGGAGGCGGCUGUGCCGGUGGCCGCCCCCCGCUUCUGCCCCCGGAGGCGGGAGCGCGAGCGCGCCAUCGCCCCCGGUGUGGCGGCGCUGUCCGCCAAGUUCAACGCGCUGUCCGCGGGGGUGGGGGCGGGGGCGGGGGCGGCGGCGGUGGGGCCGCCGCCGCCGCCGGGGGUGCCUUCCGCCUCGGCCGCUGCCUCCGCUGCAACUGCCGCCCCCGCUGCGGCCGCCCCCGGGCCGCCCCCCAGCAGCUCCGUCAAGGCGGCCGUCCGCAUCUUCGAGCAGCAGCAACAGCAGCCGCAGAAGCAGAAGCAGAAGGAGAAGCAGAAGCUGGUGGCAGCCCGUAACGGCAUGGUGCACGUGCCGGGCGACUGCAGCGCAGAACUGCUGCGUGUGAUUGCGAGCCUGCGCUCGUCGGCCACCGCCCGCAGUGUUCUGCUGCUCCGGGACCCCGGCAGCACUGCCACUGCCACCACCAUUGCACCCGCUCCCUGUUCCGGCGGCAGCAUCAGCGGCCGCCGUCGCGUCAGGCCUCGCCUUGAGGUCGCCUCUGCCGCUUCUAAACCCACAGUCCCAAAGAAGCCUGUGGGAGAUGAGAAAGUGGCUGCACAGGAUGUACCUGAAGUCCCUCAUGGCUGUGAGACCGUCCCAAAUGGUGGAUACUUGGGGCGGAAGGAGAUGUUCUCCCUCCUGACCCAAUCAGAAGGAAAGAGCAAAGCCAGGGAAACCUCUGACCAAAGCCAAAGCAUCUCAAAUGGGAAGACAACAGUUUACCUGAGUAAUAAUUCGGGUAGCCCCACAUCUACAACUGAUGGACAGAGUCCUGAAAUUGUGGAGAAGCCUCCACAUGUUCCUCUCCAGAAAAGUGGAAAUACAAGUGUUGUAAUGAUACAUGGAAGUUUGUCUCGAGAAACACAAGCAGUUUUCAGUGUAACAAGUACUACAGAGACAGAACUGGGGACACUUACAACAGUAGUGACUACAGCUGUGUUAUCUAAUGUGGAUGCAGAGCCAACGUUGGCAGUGUCAUCGUCGUCAUCAUCGUCAUCGUCAGCAUCAGCAUCAUCAGCAGCAGCAGCCAGAGCAGCAGAGACGACGAUGAUGAUGAUGACGACGACGACGACGACGACAGCAACAGCAACAACACUACCAACAAUUACAACAACAACACAACCAACAAUUACAGCAACAAAAGAAGAAGAAGAAGAAGCAGAAGAAGAAGAAGCAGAAGAAGAAGGAGCAGCAGCAGCACCACCACCACCACCACCACCGCCACCACUGCCGCCACCCCCAUCAACAACUACUACUACUACUACUACUACUACUACUACUGCUAUUAAAGGUAUUGGAAGCAAACCAGUGAGGAGUCCUACGUACGUCCGAACGGUGGCUCGGCCCUUGCCAGGAAGCAGGUUGUCAGUCGCUGGAACAGUGAAUCCACUGGAUUCUCCAGAGAAACAAGAUUCUCCAGCAAGUGUGGUACAUGAUGUGAAGCCAAACGCUUCUUUCCUUUGGCGAUCGAAUCAAACGGCAAAACUUACAACAGUGAGCAGCACUGAUGUUUACAGGACUGAAGGGGAUAAUGGAAAACAGGCUACAUCAAAUGAGCAACAAAAUGUAAAGCCUGAAGAAUUUACCUACGAUGAUGUCGGGCGUCCAUAUUCUCCUGUCUACGAUGAUGUCGGUCCAGGCUCAGGAAGAAGGGCAGAGUCUGAAAACAGUUCUGAAGCUGAUGGUAGUGGCUAUGAAGAGUGCUGCAUGGAGAAAGGACAAAUGAGUGGUGGACAGGGAGAUAACCACAUUGAAGAAGACAUUUAUGACGAUGUUGAUGUUUGCACACUUACAGCACAGUCUGACUUUGAAUGUUAUGAAUCUAUUUGUGGGGGUAGUUCAUGUGAUCAAAGCAACAGUCUUUAUGGUGUUGCAUCUACAAUUAUUGCAGAGGACAGCAGUGGAUCAGGAAACAGUAAUGUGGCACCCCGCAGUGAGACAAGCGAUGAGUGGGUCGAUAUAGAGCAGUCGGACUGCGAUACAACUGCCUCCACCCCGACUAUCCUGCUGGUUCAAGACAGGAUGAGAACUCGGAGGAGCCCAUCGUGGUCACACCAGGUGCGACAGACGUGGAACAAGUCACUCUCACAGAACAGACUGUCACAGCAGGAAAAUGUUAACAGUGAUGGUGUCUGCAUCUCGUCCCCUUCACUCAUUUACCUGGGAGGCGCGAGCUGCCUCCCUGCUGGGAACCGGGAACCCCCUGCCCGGGGUCCCGCGCCAGUGAAUGCCCGCCUCGUGCUGUGGGUCGGUGGCACAAGGGAGUGUCAGGAACUGGUGGCGUUUCUUGACAGGGAAGGUGAAGAAAACUCAUCGGGCUCUGACACGGAUCAUCAUUACGAGAUGCUGGAUGACAUUGUGGCCAAAAAUAAUCUCAAUAACAAUGAGAUUCCGUUUGAUGAUUUUGAUUCAUUCGAUUCAGAUGAAUCUGAUGAUACCUACAUCAGAUCAUUGGAAAAGAUUGAGACAAAUGGUAUCCACCGCCGAUUACCAGCUCCUCCUCCGCAGCAGAAUGUCUAUGGCAUCACAAAAAUAGCAGAGGCUGCUGGAAAGAAAAUGCUUAAACUUCGGAAGAGCUUUGGAAGGAUGAAGUCGGCAAAGAGGAGUGCUGCUCAGCUUUCACCCAGUGGCGGCCAGACACCUCUGGCAACCCCUGCAGCCACUGUCGCCAUUCCUCUGGUGGAACCCUUGCCAGCCGCCACCACUGCCUCACCUCCACAACCACCAGAGUCUCGUCUACAGCGAGAGGCUCCUCAGCCGGACUCGGGCAGUCGGGAUCCUGCGAGGAGUCGCAAGUACUGGUCACUGCGAAAGUUCCGCAGAACUACGUCAGUCGUUUCGGCAUCCCAGGCCUCGGUUGCCACUUCGAUUGCCAAUUCUCGAAAGACGAGUUCCACUUUUUACCUGGCUACAGGAGGAGAAGCUUCUAAAGAUGAUGAUAGCAGCACGGGGAAGGAGUAUGACGGGAUGACUGGUGGACCGGACCGUCGCGCCAGCAGCCCCGCGGUCACCUCCCAGCCGCAGCCUGCUGGCUCUGUACUCAGGCCCAGCGAGCCUCCUCCGCUGCCACCCACUGCUGCUCCUGCACCUGCUCCUGCUCCUGUGGCAGCCUCGCAAGUGCUGACUGCUGUUUCUAGAAGGCCAAACAAAAAGGAUAAGAAGGAAAAGACAGGAGGAAGCACCUCCUGGUAUGCUGAAUGUGGACUGUUUGAUGGUGCAACAGAAGCAGAUGAUAAAGCAGGCAGCAGACGGUCCGCAGCAGUGGCGGGUGGAGGCAGCGGCAGCGGGAGCAGCUGGUAUGCGGAAGCUGGGCUCUGGGGCUCGCUCACUUCUAGUCCCAACAGCAGUGACACCUCCGAGCAAGACAACUCUGGACAAGGAACAGUGAGUGCUGUUACGGAAACAUCAGUACCUGAUACCAGUCGUGAAAAUGGCGAGGAAAACCAAACGUGUUUCAGAGACGAACCACUGUACCAGUUCUACAAUGCUGAUGCUGUUGAGAGGUACAUGCGUGGUGGCAGUGAAAUGGAUUCGGAUGGAUAUGAGGAAGUAGGGCAGGGGCAACAUCCCGAUUCGACCUCAACAUCUGUUGUAGUAAAAAGACCAUCUGCUAUGGAGCUUAUCUGUCCCCAAGAAGGUCAACGUACCCUCUGGUGCCAAAUACCAGAAGUUGUUAACAGUGCUGUUCUCAGUACUCUCAGUUCCCAACAGAAGAGGCUACAGGAAGCAAAAUUUGAAAUUAUAACGUCUGAAGCAUCAUACAUGAAUUCCCUGAAUGUUUUGGAGAAGCAUUUUAUGAGCAGUCCUGAACUAUGUGAUGAGUCAGUACUUUCUAAAAAUGACAGGAGGGUACUGUUUGGGAAUGUUAUGCCAGUGAAAAAUUGUUCGGAAAAAUUUCUGUCAGAGCUGGAGCACUGUUGGCAAGAUGAUGUUCUCCUGCAAGGUAUCUGUGACAUUGUCUACAAACAUGCUACAGGGCACUUCAACAUAUACAUUAAAUACUGCUCUAACCAAAUAUAUCUGGAUCGAACAUUGAGAACAUUAAAGGAGCAACAUGGGAAGUUUGCUGAAGCCCUGAAAAAGCUGGAAUCGAGUCCCGGUUGUCAGAUGCUGACUUUACACUCAUUCCUGAUGCUGCCAAUGCAGAGGAUCACGCGACUACCACUUUUGGUGGAUGCCGUGUUGGCCAAACUCGAUCCCGAAGAUUCGGAGUACCGUUCAUGCGAAAUUGCACUUGCUGCGCUUAACAAGGUGGUUCACGAAUGUAACGAGGGUGCCCGCCGUAUGGAACGCAUGGAGGAGAUUCUUAUCCUCAGUCGCCAGUUGGAAUUCGGGCGGGACGUUCGGCCUCUGCCCAUUAUUUCAAGCUCCCGGUGGCUGGUGCGGUCUGGUGAAGUGACUCAGCUCGUAUGGCGUGGAGACGACAAGCUGACCUUUGGGAAACGACUUGGCAAGAUUCCAUUACAUCUGUUCCUGUUCACAGAUCUUCUCAUUGUCACAAAGAAAAAAAGUGAGGAGACGUACACUGUGCUGGAUUACUGUCCCCGGAACUUAGUGCAGAUGGCAAGUGCAGAGACUGUAUCGCACCUUCCCGUGAAGUAUGGAGCUGAUGCAGGCCGUAACUUGAUUUUGCUCACAAUGCUGCAAAACUAUGAGAACAAAAUGACUGAAAUGGUUCUCUCUUGCGGUCUCGAAUCGGACCGCCAGCGGUGGCUGGAAGCUGUAGCUGAGCCGCAGUCGGACAACCCUGACGAGACUGUGUACGAGGAGUGGGACUGUCCCCAGGUCCGAGCUGUCCACGCCUACGCUGCGCGUCAGCCUGACGAACUGUCUCUGGAUGUCGCAGAUGUCGUUAAUGUUUUGCGCAAAGUGGCUGAUGGUUGGUACCAGGGAGAAAGAAUCAGAGAUGGUGAGCGAGGUUGGUUUCCAGCGAAUCAUACUGUGGAAAUAGCUUCAGCACACAUCCGUGCAAAGAAUUUGAAGCAGAGAUAUCGCCUCUUGGCUCUAUCUGCCAACUUCCUUGAGUCACAACGAAAACAAAAAUGACAAGUAUUCCACAGUUGACUGAUAUUUGUGGAGGUGUAUUAUAUCAUUGUUGCUUCAGUGGAAUCAUUAAGCCUCUGUGGAUAUUGUGUGUGUGUGUGUGUGUGUGUGUGUGUGUGUGUGUGUGUGUGUGUGUGUGUGUGUGUCCACAGGAUGUAAGUCUGUUCUUAUUAUUGAGACCCUGUCAGUAUUGUGUACAUUCCAUUCCUGUUGUGCUGUUUUUCAGCAAAGCAAAUGAAAUAAGCUUGAAAACUGAUUGUGCCUUUCUGCCUGUCUCAUAUUGCAUUGGAAAAUUUUAUUCUUGGCUCAAGUGGUAGCGUUAUCUUUUCUCGGAAAUUCUGAAUGUGUGGAAGUCCAGCAAGAUGACUGCGUAACUAUUUUUGAAAUUUGUUUACCUACAUUACACUAUACUUCUGUAGGUGCACGGUUUUUGUGACAUUUUAUUGAUACAAUCAUUUUCUGGUGCAAUAAUUCUUCAAAUAAAAGACUGAAUUUUUAAAGUGAUUAAAAGACAGAAUUAACUCAUCAAAUAGUGCUGUGUACAAAAUUCUAAUUUUUCUCUGGAAAUCACGAUAUUAUUUGUGGAGCUUACAGAAGUGAUGCUCUUAGAUUGCAGUGUACUUGUUUCUUGUGUUUGGAGGGCCUCUUGCAGGCAGAAGACAAGGACUUGACUGUGAUGAUGUAGUAGUCGUAAUUACAUCACAAAAUGUUCAUUCAGUUUACACUAAACAAGAAAACAUUCUGGUCACACUGCUCACCAUAUUUAUUACAAGUAAUUUUUAGAGUAUAAAUAUGUAAAAAAGAUCUGUUUUUAUUGCAAAUUGAUUCCAGUUUGUUUAUAUUUUGAAAUAAAUAUGUAUAUUUUAUAAAUAUGUGAAUAAAAUUUAAAGCUGUUUUUGACAUUA